AUGGCCACUACCAUGACUUCGACCGAAACACAGGCAAUGGGCCAGCGACCAAAGGCUACAGCUAAGAUCCGCAAGCGAGCCCCCAAGGCGUGCCUCUCAUGUCGAGCCCGCAAGUCCAGAUUGAAUGGGAUGCCAGAGAAACCUGCUCCGUUGACCAAGGAAGAACACAGCUUGAACCAAGACCGACCCGAGUCUGUCAACAGUUACGGAUCCCAUGAUGGUGAUCGAAGAGACAGCGUCAUGACUGAGCCAGCGAACCCAACACCUCAAUCUCAUCAACACCCAACCCGACAGGCCCGAGCUUCAUAUAGCGCACCUCAAACCAACCACGCGACUUUGUUGAAUCACUUCCCCAGCGGUAAUAACAACACUUGGUCCCACGAACCCCAAAUCGGCAUGACAUCCGAUGUUGUCUAUUCCUACUAUCCUUUUCUCACAAUGGGAAACCUCCCCAACAUUCCUCCUCAAGACGUCAACUUUCUUGAGCUUCAAGGCUGUCUGCGUGUACCCACUCGAACCAUGCUCGAUGAGUUCCUCCAACAGUACUUCCUUCACGUCCAUCCAUUAUUGCCGCUCAUAAAUGAGGGCGACUUUUGGGAUCUUUAUUGUCACAGUCCCGGUUCCGGAAUGCCCACAGAACGUAUGUCCUUACUGCUAUUCCAGGCGAUCCUGUUCGCCUCGUGCAACUUUGUCUCUCGCACCACCAUCAAGGCUCUUGGGUUUCCCAGCAUUCGUGUUGCAAGAGCUACAUUUUACCGACGCGCCAAGCUUCUAUACGACUUUGAAUCCGAGUCAUCGCCCCUCUCUAUCGCCCAGACCGCGCUCCUGCUCUCCUUCUGGGCUCCCUCAUCGACCCGCAACCCGAAUACGUCGUGGCUCAGUCUCGCGAUCCAGCAGGCAAAGAGCGCCGAAGCGCAUCACUAUGCCGCUAUGCCCGUAUUCUCUGCCAUUACACACCCGAUGCAACACCGAAAGCAAAAUAUUCUCAAGAAGGUCUGGUGGUGUUGCGUCAUUCGAGACCGGACCCUAGGCUUGUUGAUGAGGCGACCCAUCCAGAUCACAAAAGGCCACUUCGAUUUCGACUCUAAUCCUGUACUGGGAUUUGCGGACCUCGAAAACGAGUUUACGAGAUCACGAGUGUACAACCCCGGGACAAAGAAGACUCUCGCAGAGAUCUUGGCACAGCUGGUCGAACUCUACGUCGUCUUGACCGACAUCCUCAUACUGGUCUUCCCUCUAGACGACGCCCCUGGUUGGGGAAGACAACUGAGGCCAGAGGACGAGGGCAGGAUUAAAGAAUGCAAAACCUCUCUGAGACGUUGGUACAGGUCAGCAACGUCACGGUUCCCUCUGUUCGGUGGGAGUCCCCUCUCCCGAGGCGGUACCGACAGCAGAAAGGAGUUCCAACACGACUCCGUCAUUCUAUAUACCAACCUCAUGUAUAUGUACUAUCACUCUUCACGUGUUGUGCUAUCCCACCAUGAGAUUCUCCAACUGGCUAUCCUCCAGGCGAUACCGAAUGGCAACAACGCUAUGACAACAACUAGAGGCCUAUCUACGAUCAACGAGAAUCGCCAUGAGCUUCAGGAUGCUGCUUCAGGCGUAACAGAGUGUCUUAAGGAGCUUGUUCACUUGAAGCUUGCCCGUUGGCUUCCGAUAUCCGCUGUGGCCUGUACUGCCCUCCCUCUGAUCCUUAACAUUCUGGACGUCAAGCUCUCGGCGCCUGCAAAAGACCCCAGUCUCGACUCAAACGCAGCAUCAGCCUUGAAGCAGCACCGACUCAACAUUCUAAUUGAGGCGAUGAAGACGUAUCAGCCCCAAUACGACGGUGUGGACUGGGUCAGCGAGAUUGUGCGGCACGUUGUCAACCUUGCGCAGUUGGACAACACAAACGCCCAGGGAAACCAAAACUCCAAUAUCACAGACUGGACCGACAUUCUUGCCCUUCAACCAAGUUCGUAUCUGCGUCUGGCGUUGGCAUUGGACGUAAGCCUUAGCAAAGGCCGGCUGCCAGAAGAUGGAGAUUUUCCAGUGAGCCUCCGCGGUCUCUUUGUGGGCGGCUUCAGUCCCCUCAAGGCUCUCAUCGAAGCCAAUCGAACGACCCACCCGUCUAAUGGCUUUGGGCCCAGGCUAGGGGUGCCCAUCAAUGGAGAUUCGGGCGCCAUGCGAUCUGAUGCUGCGAAUAUCGAAGCUCUGCGUGACCAAGUUAGAUCUCAGAUGGCGGCGAAUGGGCCGACAAACACGAAUGCUCCCCCCUCGGAGGGAAUCCAUGGCCUCGGCAACUACGGGGUAUUUCAAGUAGAAGACGAGUCACCGAGCGGUACAAGCGAAUUCGAGGGCAUGUAUUUGGAUGGACCAAUGCCAGACGUCUCUGCUGAAUGGAUAGAGACUCUGUGGGAUGAAAUGGGUAACACGGAUGAUAAAGCGGAUAGAGACAUUGCGCGGAUGCUACUGGGAGCGCUAAAAGAGGGUGAUGUCGGCGAGACCAUGGUAUAG